CUAGAGCCCCUCCCUAGCUUUUUUAAUUCUGCAGUGAUAGCAAAAUAUGGCCUUCAGAGAGCUAGAGCUAGAGACAGAAAGGAAAACAGGAUUUGACUGUCAGCUUGUGGAGACUCCACCUGAUCACCUUCUACAGACAGAGUGUCCAGUUUGCCUCCAGAUCCUUCGAGAGCCCCAUCAGGUUACAUGCUGUGGCUACAGCUACUGUCUGUCUUGUAUUGAGCACAUCAGAAACAAACCUUGUCCGACCUGCAACGAAGAGAACUUCGCUGUAUAUCCGAACAAAGGGCUAAAACGCAGUCUUUACGCAUUGAAGGUUCACUGUAGCUAUCAGAAAGACGGGUGUGAGUGGACGGGGGAACUGGGGCAGCUUGACAAGCACCUUAACUCAAAUCCUACACCUGCGAAACAACUGGAUGGAUGUCAGUUUGUUGAAAUAGUUUGCCUUGAUUGUGAUGCCAUUGUAAAACGAUGCGAUUUUGAUCAUCAUAUUUCAAUUGACUGCUCUGUUACUGUUCUCUGUGAUUUUCACCACAUUGGAUGUGCCUUAAAACUUCCUCGUAAAGACAUGCCAGAACACCUGAGAGAGAACCUCCUCACACACAUCUCUCUAUUAGCCACCAGUCAUGCCAAACAACAGGAUGAAAUCACCAGGCACAAAGUUCAAAUUGCUGAACUGACUAAGCUCACUGCAGACCAGCAAAACCAAAUUGUUUUGCUACAUGCUGAGAAUAAAAGCCUGAGAAGUGUGGACCCAGAAAUUGAAAUUGCUCGAGAAAUAACAGUGCCAGUAGAAACUUCUGAAAUAGUUACCUUGACAAAUUUCCAACAACAAAAGGACGAAGACACUGUGUGGUUCUCCCCUCCUCUCUACACACACUCUCAGGGCUACAAGAUCUGCUUUGCUGUGUACCCUAAUGGAGACGGCGCCGGCAAGAACACUCAUAUCUCUGUGUACUCAUAUCUCAUGCCUGGGGAGUUUGAUGAUACACUGACGUGGCCAAUUCGAGGGGAGAUUCGAUACCAGCUACUCAACCAAGAAGAUGGAGAAAACCAUAGAGAAGGAGUGAGUACAUAUCAUGAGAGAAGGAGUGACAAGAGUUGUGCAAGAGUUCUCUAUGCUAAACGCUCUCAAGGGCUAGGGAUGGGAAGGUUCCUCCCGCAAGGUCUUCUCCCAAAAUACCUGCAAAAGGAUUGUCUCAAGUUUCGUAUCUAUGGUGGCAAUGUUAGAAUGUAAUGGACCUGUGUUUUUACUUGUGUAUUGAAGUGUUAUGGAAAAAAGCUCAUCUAUCUCAAUAACAGGCCGCCCUUAGUGUAAGUUUAUUUUGAUAUCAGCCUUGGCAAGUUGAUGACCUUUACCAACACAUAGUUUCAAGAAAAAUAAUGCCCUCUGAUCAACCCCAAAGUGAUCUUCUGGGUGCUCUCAGACCAUGGACCUUCUCAGCAUCCACCACACCUGUCGUAUUGGGAGCUGUCCUAUCCUAUCGUAGCGAUGGACAGUUUCGACUAGACCUUCUCCUACUCACACUAGGCGCCGUACUCUCGGUGAAUGGAGCUGGAAACAUGGUCAAUAGUUACUUUGAACUCAUUCGAGGCUCUCGCUCGACUGCUGUCGUGACUACAGAUCCAAGAAUCGAUCGCAGACGACGUAGAUCCAGUGACUCUGACGAUGAAAUCGAUCACUCUAAACUCGUUAAUUUUGCGGCUUAUUUGUAUUUUUUUGGAAUGAUCUGUUUGUGGUUAUUGAUGAUGUUCUCCCCUGCCAAGAGUCAGUUCUUGGCCGCACUAUUCUUUGGAGGUCUCUCAAGUUCGUUUAUAUACACAGGGGGCAUUGGACUCAAGUACUACAUUAUUGGAGACAUUUUAGUGAUGUUCACAUUCGGCCCCCUUGCUGUAUUGUUCUCGUAUGUUGUUCAAACUGGUACCGUCUCGAUGGGUCCCUUACUAUUGGCUCUGCCGCUAGCUAUCAGCACUGAGGCCAUUCUACAUAGCAAACACAUACGAGACUUGGAAAAAGACAAGUGUGCUAACAUGGUGUCUCUAGCAGUUCUCCUCGGCAAGCAAGGCUCUUACUUCCUCUUCACCAUGCUCCUGUUUCUACCCUACUUGGCAUUUGUCAUAUUUGGCACCCAAUAUUCGCUAUCCCUUGCACUGCCUCUACUCAGCAUGCCCUAUGCUUUCAGACUCGAGAGAACGCUAAGAGAAAACGGGAUGUCUAGAAGCAUCUCUACGAGUACUGCUAAGCUGAACCUUGUUAUUAGUGUGUUAUUCACAAUUGGUUGUUUGUUCACUAAACAGAUUCCAUUCAUCGAUCUUUGGGUGUUUUAGUUUUUAAUUUCAUGCAGCAAUGCAUAGUCAUUAUUCUUGAUCAAUUUCAAAAUAUUUUAUGUUCCCC